AUGCGAUCAAAGACUCCUUUGGUCGCUUUCUUAGCAGCAUCAAGCUCAUUGGUAUCGGCCACUCAUCUUACGGAUUCACUCUUAAACAAAGUAUAUAAUGUUAUGAAUGAAAUCAAUAGCGCUUCCUGGGAGAACGGAACGAAAUCUAUAGCAAUCUUAGAAUCCAAAUAUCCUGAUCUCUCGGUCUACUCCACUUCACCUUUCCAGCCUUUAGAUGGGUUGAAGUCCGGACAAAUCUCAGAGAUCAUUGAUAUCGCGCAGACCACAUUGAACAAUCGACCUAAAUCGAAUUCGACUACCUCAUCGUCCAAUUCCACACUGAGUGGUAGCUCGUUAUUAGAGGAUGGUGCGGCGGGUGAUCCACCCAGUUUGGGAAUAGCGGUCUUACUGGCCAAUGCAUCGACGAAUAACGAAGAAGUCAAUGGUAUAGGAUACGGAGAUGCUGCUACAUCACAAUUGAAUCAUCUGCUAUAUAAUGUACCUAGGACAUCAUCAGGAGCCAUCUCUCAUAGAGAAGAUCAAGCUCAAUUAUGGUCAGAUAACGUAUUUAUGGUCCCACCUUUCCUUGCAUACUACGCCGUUCUACACAAUAACCAGACUCUCCUCCAAGAAGCUUAUCGACAAUGUUCACUCUAUCGUGAUACCCUCAAACAAGAUAGUGGAUUAUGGGCACACAUCUUACUAGGAACUGGCACACAUGAUUCUGGUCUUUGGGCCACUGGUAACGCUUGGGCAGCGACUGGUAUGUUGAGGGUAUGGGCUACAAUCAAAGCUUCGAGUUAUGCAAGUGACAUGUCGAGUCAAAUGGAUGAUUUAAAGAAUUGGGUAACGGAGAUUUUCGAUGCUUCGCAAGGGUACAUUACCAGUGAUGGAUUAUUGCACAACUACAUAAACGACAAUUCAUCGUUUAAAGAUACUUCAGGUAGUGCUCUGAUGGCGGCAACGGGAAUCCGAUUAUCCACCCUCAACAUAACGGACACCUACGUUCCCAACUCCCUCAAACUCUUAGCAGCGGCAUCAUCAUACAUCAACUCGACGGGAUAUUUGACUCAAGUGGUCAAUCCAUAUGAUUUCUCCAAACAGGGUACAAUUUCACCUGAAGGUCAAAGUUUCGUGGUGAUGGCCUAUGCGGCUUACAAAGAGUGGGAUAGUCUGGGAAGAAAAGGUUCGACUAGCGGCAAUGAUGAUCCCCUCGGAAGCAGUAGUUCGGCAUUUAGAGUCAUGAGCGGAGAUGUACCAGCAUUAUUGGGUGGUCUGUUAGCAGCAUUGUUGGGUGUUUGGUCAAUGAUGUAA